AUGUACAGUAAGAGGUCUCGAAGAUGUUCAUCUCUUCUCGAAUCUGCUUGUCUCGGAGAGCCCAAGAAUACGGUACAGGCCCUGCGAGUUCGUAUCCAGUUCAAUCAGCAAACAAGGUUUCGACUGCGUCGCGCGCGUGACCCAUGGUUCGAUCGACUCGCUUCGUUUAUCAAGGUUUUGGCUGUCGGUACCGAAGGAUGUCUCAUGAUGGAGGACAAGCUUUCGAAGAUCCACCCACGAGUCUCCUGCCAGCUGAUUGGGACAAGUGUUGAUGGCACCACUACUGACUCUCGUAUUGCUUCCAUGCUGAAUGACUGUACGAGUACAAAACCGCAUGUCAAAAACUGCAUAAUUGCCAAAACACAAAAGCUGAUUGUACUAGCACAAACACCAUCGACCGUUCAGAAUCGUUAUUACUACUACUAUAUAACUACAUUCCCCGAGAAAGUGCUUGAACUCAAACGUCUCCACACUUCGAGAUCCGCAGCUCAAACACUCGCAAGCAUGUCUUUCACCAUCAUGCUCCUCUUGGCCACUUCCUGCCUGUUCGACCUAGCUCUGGCGGCUACGAAGACCAACUCCCGAUCCAGUACCAAGACCGGCGUCUCCAGGACCACCGUCACCAAGUACAGGAAAAAGGGCAAGCCUGUCCCCUGGAGCGAAUUGAGCAAGGGCGCUAAGAUCGCCGUCUAUGUCGCCUGUGGGUUUGCCGGGUUGAUCCUGCUCGUCAUCUUGGCCCUGUUCCUGCGCAGGAGGUCCAGGAACACCUUCGAGAGCAAGGUAGAAGAACCCGAAGCUACGAGCGAGGAUGUCACGCCCUACGAAAAGACUCAAGCUGAACAAAACAGCUGGGCUAUCCCUCCUCCCGGACAAGAAGGAAGCCCUUCUUACUUCGCUCCGAUGGAUCAACCGACCUCAUACUCUGCUCCUAUCGGUCAACCUCCUCAACACAACGAAGGUGUCCAAGCUCGUUGA